UUCAUUAAGUAAUAAGAUCCUCAAGCAGAAACUUUGAAGACCUCAAGAAAAAUCAAGACAAUUUGCAGUGAAAAACAAAAUGUCUGCAGAAAGGUGGAAACUGCAGGCCUCCCUGUGGCAGUACAUCAACCAUACUCUGACUUACAUGGCAACAGCGGCAGAUUUUUAUAAGAAAUUAUCUGAAUGGAACGAUUGCAGAAAGAAAGAGCAUGAAAAAAUGAUAGAUAUCCAAGAAAAGGCUGACAAACUUGAUGCCAGUUUCACCAAGUCAAAGGGCAGAUUGAAAAAGAUUGGUAAAUGCAUCAAGAGGAGGUUCCAGAAUAAUCCAGAGAGCAAAGUUUCAGAACUAGAGAAUGAGCUGGCUGAAGUGCUGAAUGGCACGCUGCAAGGUCUGGAGAAACUCAACACGUUCUUGGAUGCAGUGGAGAAGCUGGCGGUGACGUCGCUCCAUGUUUUCACUGAGAACCAGAUCGUUUACCUGCCUGAGAAAUUUGACUAUGACGCUGUUCAAGCUGUGAUCAGAAAAGCUCAGCAAAUCUGUCCUCCCCUCCUUAAAUUCAAAAGAGAUGCAAAGACUUUCUUUGUUCCUAACCUUCACAACGUGGAGAUUCUGGCAUUCCAGCUGCAGAACUACAUCGACACCGUCGAGGAAAUAUGUUUGAGCUUUGAUAAAAACUUUAACUUUGAGAUGUGCUUGGAAAUGGCGAAGGAAAUAGUGGUGGAUGCUGAUGAUAUGUGUGAAAACAACAUGCGAAAGAUGGCAGAUCAGAUUAAACAACUGGACAAGAUCAGGAUGGACGAGGACGUCCGGGUGGAGUUCCUGUUCCAGAGCGUCUCCUCAGCUGAUUUUGUCACUAAGUUUGAUGCUAAAAAGCGAACAAUGCUUUCGUCUUUAGAUGAGCUGGAGCAGUGUGCUGAUCAGUUAGACAGGAUGAACAAAGGAGCAAAGAUCUCCGCUCUGGCUGGGGGCUCAGUGAAAAAAGCAGGAGGCGUCCUCUCUGCUGCUGGUUUGGCAUUAACGCCCUUCACAGCCGGCGUGUCUUUAGGCCUAACAUUCACCGGUGCAACGAUGGGGUUAGCAAGUGAAGCCAACAGUGUGGUAACCACCUUAACACAGGCUGGAGUUAAUCACACUCAUCGGAAAAAGGCAGAUGUAGUUUUAAAAACGUUCAUGGAGGAUUUCCAAAUGAUCCAGGAUUCUCUGGACGAUGGGAUGAAAUAUACGACAGUCAAUCUGAAGCAAAGUAAGAUGGGUGUGUUGGUCACAGUAGGCAAGAGUGUUUCUAAAUUAGAUCCCAUAGUAAUGGGUGUCAGCUCCGUCAUGAAUGUGGCUUCUGCUCUUAUAAAAGUGGUUGCAGGGAAACAGAAAAAAAAUGGAAAUGCAACACCCAGCGCAGCUCCAGCUGUUCCUGAAAACUCAGCUGUUCCUGAAAACUCAACUGUUCCUGAAAACUCAGAUGUUCCUGAAAACUCAGAUGUUCUUGAUUCCUCCGAUGUUCUUGAUGUUGGUCAGACUGUAGUUGCAGAGUCUCUUUCUCUGUCCAGUGAACUUCUUGGUAUCACACCUGGAGCUGUAUUUGCUGCCAGAAAUAUCUACUCUGCUGCCAAACAAGGCAUAAAAGUGGCCAAAGGCAGCAAGACUAAAGCCUCCAAGUUCCUGACAGCUAGAGUUGCGUUAUUUCGUUCACAGAUGGAGUCGUGGGAGAAGAUCCGUAACUCUUUGUGUCAAAGCAAACUGACCAAAGAAGAAAUCAGAAAUAUUUUCACGCAGCCAUUUUAUCUAGGGGACAAAGAAGAACAAUAACUAAAGACGCACAAAGACUAAAAGUGGAAGAUUUGACAGGUAGACAUAAAAAAACAGAUGUAAAUCGGCCAUAAUUACACUGAUUCAGUGUUUUAAUAAUAACUUUCAGACUUUCUCACUAACUGAAAGGAAAAAACAAAAAGGAAUCAGUUGGGGGUUUAUUGUGACUUCUUGUAUUAAUGUGUCUUAAUCAAAUCAAGAAUCAGAUUGUUUUCUGUAACAUUUAAUUUUAAAAAUAGUCACUUAAGAAUUGGAUUUGUUAAUUUGUUGUAAAAUAUCAGAUGACUUAAAAUAAUCUGAACAUUUGUUUCUAGAAAGUCUUUUUUUGUGUUUCUUUGUAUUUGAGUAACAUUUUGUGACGAUGGGAAACAGAACAAAUCUGUAAGAAGGAAUAAUUUUUCUCAGCAAUAUGUGUGUAUUAAAUCCAACUAUAACAGACGUUACAGACAUUUAGGAAUAAUAAAUGAUUAACCUUUUUAUCAUCUUUUAUAUUACUCUUACUUGCAGUAGAGCUGCUGGGCGUUUAAACAAAUGUCCUCCCUUUGUCAAUAUUUAAUCUUUUACAACCUGCUUUAUGACUAGAUUUUAUGUAUUAAAACCAUAUUUAUUACAUGCUGAUCUAUUUUUUACAUGAACUAAGAUCAUAGAAGAGGAAAAAGCUGCAGCAUAGCUUUUUCCUUCCUGAAGGCUGUGCUGCUUUUGUUGGGCGACAAAAACAAAGCAAAAAUCAACUGAGAUUGUAAAGAAGGUUUAGGAUAAACAGGCAGAAACUGAAACCAACUACUUUGGUUUAAUUAUAGGACGAUUCUUAAUCAGUAGCUCUGGAGAGCUGAAGACGCAGCAGGAGGGCAGGCUGUGAGAAUCCAACAAAAUGUUUGGAGGAAGGUGGAGACUAGAGCGCACCUUGUGUCAGUACGUCACUGAUACUCUGACUUGCAUGGCAACAGUGAAAGAUUUUUAUGAGAUAUUCUCAGAAUGGAAAGAUUGCAGGGAAAUAGAAUAUGUGAAAAUGAUGAGUAUCAAAGAAAUGGCUGAUAAAAUUGACCCCACUUUUGCCAAGUCAGAGGGCAAAUGGGCGUCUUUUUGGAAAUACGUCAAGAGCACCUUCCAGCGCAAGGCGGAGAGUAAACUUUUAGAUCUGGAAAAGACUCUGGCUGAAGUGCUGAAUGGCACGCUGGAAGGUCUGGAGAAACUCGACAGUUUCUUGGAUGCGUUGGAGAAGCUGGCGGUGACGUCGCUCCAGGUGUUCACUGAGAACCAGAUCAUUUACCUGCCUGAAAAGAUCAGCUUUGAUGAUGUUCAAGCUGUGAUCAGCACUGCACAACAAAUCUGUCCUCUCAUCCUGGAGUUCAAAAGAGAUGCAAAGUCCUUCUUCCUCCCUGACCGUCACAAUGUGGAGGUUCUGGCUUUCCAGCUGCAGAAUUACAUAGACACAGCCAACAGGAUAUGUGUAAUUCACGGCCAGAGCUUUAACUUUGAUAUUUGCAUGGAAAUGGCUAAAGAAACUGAAGUGAAUACUGACAACCUGUAUGAAAACGACGUGCAAAAGAUGACAGAUCAGAUUAAGUUACUUCACAAAAUCAGGAUGGACCAGGACUUUCGGAUGGAGUUCCUGUUCCAGAAAGUUUCCUCAGCUGGUUUCAUCAGCACCUUUAAUGAGCAACAACCCAAACUGCUAACGUUUCUAGAUGAGGUGGAGCAGUGUGCCGUUGAGUUAGACAGGAUGAACAAAGGAGCAAAGAUCUCCAGUGUGGCUGGCAGCUCAGUGGGAGCAGGUGGAGGCGUCCUCUCCAUUGUUGGUUUGGCGUUAUUCCCAGUUACAGCCGGAGUGUCUUUAGGGCUGACCAUCGCCGGUGUGUCGAUGGGGGUAACAAGUGGAGCCAACAGCUUGGUAACCACCUUAACAGAGGCUGGAGUUAAUUCUACUCAACAGAAAAAAGCAAAUGAAGUCUUUGAAAAUUUCAUUGAGUAUUUCCAAAAGGUCCAGGAUUCUCUUGAUGAGGUGAUGAAUCAACGAGGCAAUCUGGAGCCAAGUAACAUAGACGUGUUGUUGGGAGUGGUCAAUAGUCUUCAGAAAGUCUGUACUAUAGGAAAGCGUAUUGAUUUCAUUGUUAAUCGUGUUUCUGCUUUGAAGACUUUAAAAACUCAGAAUAUUGCUGCAGGUGCAGGUAAAGCUGUACUACAGGAUACAAAAGCUCUACGUAAUGUACCCAGGGUGGCAGCAGACGUUCCUGAUAUCGGUCAGGCAGCAGUUAAAGGGCCUCUGGCUCUCACCAAGGGAGCCAGAGCUGGCUUCAUUGCACUUACUGCCCUCUUCCUUGGCAUGGAUUUAUUCUUUAUCACCAAAGACAGCAUGACUCUGGCCAAAGGCAGCGAGACUAAAGUCUCAAAGUUCCUCAGAGCCAGAGCUGCAUUGUUCCGCUCGCAGAUAGAGUCAUGGGAGAAUCUCUGCAACUCUUUGUGUCGCAGCAAACUGACCAAAGAAGAAAACAAAAAUAUCCUACAGACGGCAUUUUUUCAAGAGGACAAAUAAGAAGUAGAUCUGAAGGGUUAAAGAGAAUAAAAGUAUGUAUGACAUUAAAAACUGGUACAUAAUUAUACUGAGACACACCAAGUUUUAAUAAUUUCACUUUUUACCAACUGAAAUGAACGAGACACAUAAAACUAAUCGGUUCUGAUCAGUUUGUUUUCUGUAACAGGUCAUAUUAACUUCUGAGUUUUAAAUCGACAUUUUGAGCUUUACAUCAUGUUAUUAAUGUAAAUAAUGUUAUUCCCUCAUAAAAAAACAUACCUGGAGUGUCGCUUUGACUCUUUAAUGCAUGUUUCAGAAAUCCUUUAAUCUCCAUGGCAACCAGUCAGCUGUGAAAAAUGCCUGUUCUCACAAAGCCACAUCUCCAGUUGAGCUUCCUCCGCUCAGCUCCUCCAGACUAGCGGCAGCAACAAUUAGCAAACACCUGGAAAAACUGAGAUUCUUCUGAGCUAAUCAUGUGAAUGCUCCAAAGAGCGCCGGUAAACGGCAUAAUGGAGGAGCCAUGCUGUGAUGCCAUGCUGAAGUGUUGGAAAGAGCAGGAGCUUCUUAAAGAAACAGCAACACAAUUUCAAGGUGUUAAAAUGCAAAGUUAAAUUUCUUUUCACUCAUAUUUUAUAUAAACAUCAUGGUAUAACUGAAGGUUACAAAGUCUUGAUUGUGCUAUAAAAUGACAACCUGUGCCUGGAAAAUACAUAAUACUGCCCCUUUAAGAAUUGAUUAAUUCAUUUAUUCCUCCAUAUUUCUGUUUCACUGUUCAUUGAAAAUAAAAAUGUCUCUAAUUUACAAUAAAAUAUUCGGUAAAAUUCUGGCGACCACAGAAUUCUACUGUAUUUAUGUCGAUAUUUUACUGUAAAUUAGAGACUUUUUUGCAGUGUAUACAUUGAUUUACAGUUUUUGAUGGGAUUUUAUUCAUUGCUGUGGUUGGUUCUAUACAAAGAAUAAAAAAUAAAUGUUUGCAAUGUUAUGUUAAACUUUGUUUUCUCACUAUAUAUUCCACAAUCUUUCAUAUAAAUUUUAAUUUUUAAUUUUAAGUAGACAAACCUGUUUUACUUCUGCAUGUUUAUGUCAUUAAAAAGACUGAAUGGAGAA